UUGCACAUGAUUAUGGACAGCACACCGCUGCUAGCCUAUGGGUUUGUGAGUGAUUACGGUUUAGAAUUGUUUGAUACUCGUUGCGGGUCGGAUGGGAAUUGGUUCUUACUUGGGUCGGAUCUUAAAUUUGAUGAUUAACGUGUAGUGAGGUGGAUACUUGAGCUCGUUGGAGGCAAGCAACCAGUUUGUGAAUCUGUGUCCUCUACCAGUGAGAGGGGAGCUAUUUUUUUGUCUGUUUACAAGCGGGAGUGAGUGAUCCGAGAGACCGGGAAGGAGAGAAAGUGUCAAAAUAUAAAAUAAAAAGUGAGUGCGAAAUAUCGUCUGUCAAAAAAGUCGAUAAAGUUAUUUUCUCAACCUCUUAUCGUCAGGCUGAAAAAUGUUUUCGUAAAAAUUUUCGUUGAAAAGUGUAUUGUUAUUAGACAAAUCGCGCUUAAUGGUGAAAAAGACGGUACAACUGCUGAGUUGUGCUGUUUGAUAAUCAGCUGCGGGAAACGCUUCAGUGAAUACUCUGCCUUUCACGUCGGCUUGUGAGCUUGUGGGUAGCAGCUUUCUUCCCGAGUUUUGUGCGGUUUCGGUGUCCGCCCUUGCGGUCAACUUCGCUAGUCUGGUUCGAGUGAAGGGAACGCCAUCGUCCUCAUUAUGACACUGCACUCGUGGUUGCGGCGCCGAGAAAGUGGUUUUCCGGCACGCUUCGGAGAUGGCGAUUCGGUGCACCGUGCAAUCUACUACUCGCUGGAGCCGAAGAAAAGUUGGAACGACCAGCGGAAUGCGUGCAAUACCUGCGAGUACGGCGGGGCCUAUAACCUGGAGUUCUCACCGGAUGGUUCGAUUUUGGUGGCCGCCUGCGAAAAGAAGACAAUUGUACUGUUUGAUCCGAUAACGGAGAAGCAAAUGUGUACCCUCAAGAACGCCCACAACGACAGUGUUAAUUGUGUCAAAUUCCUCGACAAUCGUAUGUUCGCGACCUGCUCGGACGACACGACGGUCGCCCUGUGGGACACCCGGAAUCUCAAGUCGAAAAUACGCAGCCUGCACGGCCACUCGAACUGGGUGAAAAACAUUGAAUACUCGAAAAAAGACUGCCUGCUGGUGACGUCCGGUUUCGAUGGGUCCAUCUUUACCUGGGACAUCAACAGCUACACCGAGCACGGGUUCGUGUACCAGAAGGUGUUCCACACGCCCGGACUGAUGCGCUGCCGGCUGGUGCCGGACGAAAACCGGUUGGUGAUUUGCACCACCGGUGGCUACUUGAUUAUCAUUCACAAUCUCAACCUGGCUUCGCUGCCGAUGGAUCUGAGAGGAUUCAGGCCCAACCUGUACCGAUUGAUGCAAUUGCGGCAGCAGUUCAUCCCGAACGCCGCUCGGUACGAUCACGCCUUUUCCAAGAAGCAAAAGUACAACCGAGUCGAGCUGGUUAGUGACUUCCCGGAAGGAAACGACGCGGAAGUGAUCAGCUCCCUACAGAUUCACCCUCAAGGCUGGUGUGCGCUGAGCAGAAACAUAAGCUACGACGAAAGUUCUGAGUGGAGUUGCGUUCACGAUAUUCAGGAAAUCUCGCUGGAAGAGGAAAUUGAUAGCGACUGUGAGGAUGAUUCCGCCGGAUCGGGCAGCGUCGGUGAGGCCAGCCUGCUGAAUCAGGAUGUUUCUACUGCUGGAGAAGGGGGCGGUGGUGGUGGUGGUGGUGUUGGCGGCGGCGGAGGAGGCGUGGAAACCCAAGCUGAAGCAGCAGCGGCUGCCGCCUUAAUCAACGCAGCCGUUGGAGAACCACUCGAACCCAACAACGCCAACGGAAAUCGCAUUGGUACUAACAACAAUAACAACAACCAGGUAAACAACGUAGAUUUCCCCACGCCCAAUUCGGACAUUUGGGCGGCGGAGGUUUCGCUGCGAAACCGCAACCUACGGGUGGAAAACACUCGCUCGCUAAAUAUGGCCAACGUUUACGGCAUCACGAGCGGUCUGAUUCCGCUCACGCCGGUGGAACAUCAGCACAAGUUCCAGCAGACGAUCACCGAAAACGUGAACCGAAUGCUGUACUACAUCGAGGAACCGAACAAGGGCAAAGGGUUCAUCAAGGAGCCAUGCUUCUCCUCAGACGGGCGGGUGAUUUGUUCACCCCACGCCCACGGCAUCCGGCUACUGGCGUUCAACGCCGAGUGCAACGAGCUGCCCUUCAUCACCGAUCGGGUUAACGAGGGCCCUAAACCGUUCCACGAAAUCAAACGAAAGCACUGCCACUCGGAUGUGGUGAUCAGCAGUAAGUUUAGUCCCAAGUUCCCGCUGCUGGUAUCCGGCUGUCUGCGGGGUAAAAUCGUAUGGCACCAACCGGUGCUGUGAAUGGUUUUCCAAACUGAGUUUUGAUUUGUUGUUAUAUUGUUUACAAUUUUUUUGGGGUUCAGAAAAACUGAACAGAACAUUAUCAUCGAUUACCAUCCUUUUAAGGUACUUACUGUGUAGCAGAAACAUCACAGAUCGAAGCAAAUUUCGGUGACUGCUCAAGCAAGUAACGAAGUGACUUAACCUGCAAGUCUCUUAUAGGAAAAGCAUUUACAUUUUACAUCUCCUUCCAUUUCUGUUACACAAGCAUGCAUGUGGCAAGUGCAUCAGCCACCUGUGUGACCUUUAUUGAUAUCGGACCUUCGGUCAACUGAUUUCUAGGACUUACGUAUUUAUGUCGAUAAAUGAAACAAAAGCAACUGAAAGUAAGGAGAUAAAGCAAAUACAAAUUAAGAUAAAAUAAACAGAACAAAAAAAAACUCUUUUGUGGUGAAAGAAAGUUCCGUUCAAUUCAGAAUGAUUAGAAUACGUUUCUAAAACGAUCCCAAAAGGGAACCUAAAUCGAGCUCAAAAUCAGUAUAAUUACAAAGUGUGAUCAAAAACGCUGUCUAGAGAAAGCAUGAGCAAGAAACAAGCUUAAACAAAAUUAUCCAAAUAUAGUUGCUACUUCUAAAGACCCAAAGAAUGAUCUCAAAUUGAGAGCUUUGAAUCGAUGGAAAACGCUUAUAAAGGACGAAAAAGACGAAAAUUCAACAACCCAAACCCAAAACACUCCAAAAUACUACAAGGUAUACAGCCCUAGGGUUGUAUGAAAUGGUGACGUGGGACUAAACACUGUAAUUAGGGGAUUUUUUGUUACAAAAUAUACAGAGUCUGCAGACAGAAUCAAUGUGUUUGCUCAGCGACUGUACGUAUUUUUAUUUUCAGCCUCCCUGGAAAUCAAUAUUUGGAAUAUAUUCAACAACACUCAAAAGAAUAUCAUUUAUAUUUGGCGAUAUUAUGCCUGUAGUAUUUUUUUGUGCAAAAAAUAUGUAUUUGACAAGGCACAAGCAUAUCGUGCUUGUUGAAGAAUCACAAAGAAUUUCUCGUAAUGCGUCAAAGUCAGAAUUAACUCUAUAUCCUCAAAAACCAAAUCCAAUAAUACUUACGUUAUCAUAAUGAAUGGUUUUGUUUUAUUUAACUGUAAUUAAAUCAAAUCUAUAGUAUGGAUCUUACUUUCAAAAUAAUAUGGAAGCCCUUACAAAGGUUCGUCAAUUAGCAAACAGAAGACAAUAUUUUAAACAAAAUUAUUAACAAGUUCCAGCAAAAAAUCGUAGCAAUCCACAAUUACAUUUUUUUUUUGCUUGACAAUUUUGUUUAUUUGCCUACAACUACAUUCGCUGUAUUACGGAGACAGGAAAUAUACGUUUAUUAUGGUAAAGCUUAGAAUAAUCAUAUAUCAUCUAACAAUUUUGAAAUGUUAAAGAGAUUCUGUACGAAUCUCACUGAAUAAACAAAAAAAAAAUCACAAGCAUUCGCAGGCUCUUACUCUUCUAUAAAUGUAUAUAUUUAGGAAUUUACUCUUUCGAUACUAUCCGGUCAAGAUUAUUUAGUGAAU